AGAGGGCUGUAGUACAGAAAUAAAUUAAGAAAAUAAAAGGAUAAAAAACACAAAAAGGGGCAUUUUUGAAGACACUGGGAGCGUGUAAUUCUGUGUGUGCACAUUUAAUACCUUGGGCAUAUUUUUGAAUCACCUCCUGCAACCGAACUGGAUUCUGUGUGGGUUUUGUUCCUGCAGCUGGGUCGACAUUUUGUCCCUGGCUCCACACUGCCAACAUGUUUUAGCGCUCCAGGCUCUGUGUUUUGAUCAAAAAGAGCCCCAGUAGGUGGUACCACAAGGGACGUGUCUCCAAGAAUGCAUGCUCAAGGAAUGGCUGCAUUUACUCUUUCAUGUCUGAAUUAGGAAUUUUGGACACUCAGAGUUUUACCACACGCUGAAGGAAAUAGAUGAACCUCACCUUCUCCCUUCCUACCUUGGAGACUGCGUGGUGAAGCAUCCUGGGAGUAGUGAUCACAACAAACAGCUGUGUGGGCGCCUAAAAGUGAAGGUCAUGCUGGAUGUUACAUAAUGUCCUUCAAGACAUUUUUUUUUUUUUUUAGAGUUACUGUAUUCUGCAGCAGGGGAGGUUUAACCAAAAAUACACCAUGGCUUAGAGCCCUGCAUUUUUAAAUUCUCCUUAAGGGUCGAAUGAAGCCUCCCUCUCUGAUCAUUUAAAUUUUUUUUUUCUCACCAGACCUUAGUUUUCUUCCAAGGCCGGCAAUGAUUUGGUGGGAGCGCGGCAUCCAGGUGCUGCUGACCACCAUGGGCGCUUUUGCCGCCUUCGCCCUCAUGACGGUCGCCAUCGGUACAGACUACUGGCUGUACGCCCGAGCCUUCAUCUGUAACAGCACGGCUAACUCAUCCCAGGAGGACUCCAACAACAAGGAUAAGAAAGACCCCGGGGCUCUCACCCACUCUGGCCUGUGGAGAAUCUGCUGCCUGGAAGGUCUGAAGAGAGGCGUCUGCUCACAAAUCAAUCAUUUCCCAGACGACGCUGACUAUGACCAGGAUGCUGCCGAGUAUCUGCUGCGUGAGUAUCAGACACAUGAAGGCUGUGCAGACAUUAGAUUGUGGUUUACUGGAGAAGGCAGAGACACACCGAACAGCACAGGUGUGCACACUGCAGCCUCCAUCACACUGAAGGACACUAGGAGAAGGUGGGCGAACAUCAAUGCAUGGCUGUCGAAUUCAAGCAAAACAUUGGUGAACAUGCGUCUGUGUGAAUGCUCAG